GGGGCGCGCCGGGGGCUGGAGGCGGCAGCCAGUGGAGAGGGGCCCGGCCCGAGAGACGCAGGGCAGAGAGGCCGGGCCAAGCGCUGCGACCUGCGUCUGCCCCGGAAGCUGAGGAGCUGAGAGGAUUCUUUCUCCCCAGGCAGCUGUGUCUGUGUUCUUGUCUCGCAGAAUUAGAGCCCAUUGGUUGGGAAAAAUGCCACCACCAUCAGACAUUGUCAAAGUGGCCAUUGAGUGUCCAGAUGCUAAUGCCCAGCUCCUUGAAAUCGACCAGAAAUGGCCCCUGGCAUCCAUUAUCAAGGAAGUUUGUGAUGGGUGGUCAUUGCCAAACCCAGAGUAUUACACCCUCCGUCAUGCAGAUGGUCCUCAGCUGUACAUCACUGAACAGUCCGAGGCCGCACGCCCAGCUGAUGGAGAGGACCCAGUCAUCCAACAUGGAGACCCGGCUGGAUACCAUGAAGGUGCUGGCCAAGCUCUCUGCUGACGUGACUUUUGCUACUGAGUUCAUCAACAUGGACGGCAUCAUCGUGCUGAUGAGGCUUGGGGAAAAUGGAACCAAACUCUUGUCCCAGCUCUGAUCUAGGAUGACAGCUUCUAUGAUGUGCCCAUCUACAGAAAUAUGCAAAUUGCAACUUUAGGAAGAUUAAAAGAGGGCCCUGCAAAAGGCAUCUACAGGCCCCAUGUGCUGUUCACCUUUCUUAUUUAUUGGUGAAGUGAGUCCUCAUCCAUUUAUUGGGCAGUUGCAAGCAAAGGAAUUAACUAUGACAAUUCACCUUGAUGUACAACAAUUUAGUCUGUUUGGAGUUUCCACUGUUGGAAAAAACCUAGUUAUCCUAAUUAAGAACAGUUACAGAUAGUAUAGUGAUAGCUUUUUUUUUUUUUUUUUUUUUUUUUUUUUGAGACAGGGUCUUGCUCUGUCACUCAGAUUGGAGUGGAGUAGCAUGAUCAUGGCUCACUGCAGCCUCAACCUCCCUGGGCUCAGUGAUUCUCCCAUCUCAGUCUCCUGAGUAACUGGGAAUACAAGCACAUGCCACCAUGCCUGAAUAUUUUUUCUAUUUUGUUUUGUUUUAUUUGUUUUGUUUCAUUUUGUAGAGAUGGGGUUUUUACCAUGUCACCUAGGCUGGUAUUGAACUUCUGGACUCAAGUGAUCCUCUCUCCUCAGCCUCCCAAAGUACUGGGAUUACAAGUGUGAACCAGCAUGCCAUGCCUAUAGUGAUACCUUUAAGUAACCCUCUCUUUUCUUCUUUUGGGCAAUUUUUCAAAGCAACAGGCACUUUAUUAAAUAAGAAAGUUGAUGUGCUUUCCUAAUGCCUGCUAAUAAAGUAAAGAACCAAGGAACCUCUGUGAUUUCAAUGAAAUCCCUCCAGAUGUUAUAGGCUACUUGUUACAGACAGGUAUGGUAGGAACUGUGGUCAAGCUGUGAUAGGCAAAUAGAUCUUGCUGAGGAGGAAGAAUGAUUGGCUAAGAUAAUGUCCCAGGACAGCUGGCAUACCUUUAGACACAGCUAAAUUGAAUGCUUUCUGAGGAUGAGUGUAUUAGUCUGUCUCACACGCUAUAAAGACAUACCUGAGAAUGGGUAAUUGAAAAAGAAAAGAGAUUGAAUUGGCUCACAGUUCUGUGGGCUGUACAGACUUAUGCUUAUAGGGAGGCCUCAGGAAACUUACAAUCAUGGCAGAAGGUGAAAAGGAAGCAAGCACAUAUUCACAUGGCUGAAACGAGUCAGGGGAGGUGCUAUACACUUUUUAAACAAGCAGAUCUUAGGAGAACUUUAUCAUCAGACAGCACUAGGGGGAUGAGGCUAAACCAUUAGAAACCACCUCCAUGAUGCAAACACCUUCUACUAAGCCUCUCCUCCAACACUGGCAAUUACAAUUCCACAUCAGAUUGGGGAUGGGGGGGUGCACAAGUCCAAACCAUAUCAAGAAGCAUUUUAAAAAUUGAGGGAAGUUCUAAUCAAAUGGCAAGUCAGGACACGGCAUUCCAUCAACAUAACACUCCUCUCAAUACAUGCCAAAAUGGGAGAAAGGAAAAAGUGCAAGGAUGAAGAAGGGACACAGCAAAAUGACAAGAUGACUAACAAGAUGACCAACAAGAUGACCCCUGUGGAAAGCAUUUACUGAUUCAACAACCAAAUAAUGAAGAAAAUAAGAGCAAAUUUGCCGAGUUUCUAUGCUCUUUAUGUUUAUUAGGGAAGGGCAAAAGCCAGUCCCUCGACAUUGUUACUGUUAAUUAACAUCAUCACUGCCUGCUCUUAAGUGUCUAGAUACUUUCAAGAAUCUAGUAUUAUCUUCACUUAAAUGUUUUUUGGAUGUGCCCUGUCAUGCACGUGAUAUUGCAAAAAGAUUCUACAUUAACCACAGCAAGAUGGCUAUGUAAUAAUUGGGAUCACUUUAGGGGAGCAUAUUUCUACCACAUUUUGAGAUGGAAAAUGAAGUAAAGAUAUCCAUUUGUCAAUUUCUUCUACAUUAUGCCAAACAUUCAAAGAGAUUAUUUUAUUUAUUUCAAAGAUGUACACAUGUUGAAAUUAAAAUUUAAAUUAAGAAAAUUUAUAAACUGAGUCAAAAGAAAAGUAAGCGAGGCAGUUCUGCAUGCCCUGAAGUGUCAGGCAUAUAUGACUGAAGUAUUCGGCAUUUGGCCAAGUGUGGUAGCUCAUGCUGUCAUUCCAGGAUGUUGAGAGGCUGAGGCAGGUGGAUUGCUUGAGCUCAGAACUUUGAGACCAAGCAAGGCAACAUGGUGGAACCCCAUCUCUAUGAAAAAUAUGAAAAUUAGCCAAGCAUGGUGGUGCUCACCUUUUCAUACCAGCUACUGGAAAGGCUAAGGUGAGAGGAUCAUUUGAACCCAGGAGGUCAAGGCUGCAGUAAGCUCUGGUUGCACCACUGCACUCCAACCUGGGUGCAAGAGGGGGACCCUCUGCCCAGGACUCUUGGGAUAUGACUAUACCCAUAGGGAUUGCCCGCAGUAACCUCACAUUUGAGUGGAAGUGGAGGUCAUGUGUACCUAUACCAAUAUGUAGUGAAAAAGGAAAACAUAAGAAAUCAUGGCAGAAAUGGCACAAAGUAUAAAAGAGGCUUGGUAUAAUUGAGAGAGGCUUUCUGGUGAUAAAAUUUGAACUGAUUUCUGGAGAAUGGGUUGAAUUCCAAUAGAGGGAGAUGGACCAAAGUUAAUUCUGAUGAGGGAAAUGUCUUGAGCAAAAUCUAGAAAAGGGAAACAUGCCCAUUUUAAGUGUUAAUGAGGGUCCAGUUGGGGUACAGUGCAGGAAGAGAGUUCUAGUGAAAAGGUAGUUGGUCUGAUAGGACAGGGUCUUGCAGGCAGAGGCAGAUACUAUCAUUAUUCCAUUGUUCAGAUUGGAAAAAAGACACAGAGAGCCCAAGGUCACAAAGCCAGAAAGUGAAUCUGGGCAGUCUAGCGGUAGCACCCUCUUCUUAAAUGAUCUAUUAAAGGGCCUCUUCUCCAGGCACUCUAAAACUCUUCUCCAUCUUUAGCUCCCCCAGAGUACAGUGAGGCCCCCUGUCUACCUCACAGGAUGGGGUCUCAGAAAAGCAACAGAUCCCAACUCAUACUAGCUU